CCCCUUGCGUCUUUAUGUCCUCCAAUGCCUGAACACCUCGGCCCGUCACCGUCACGUCCCGGGUCGGGAAACCAUCGACUCCCGUCCAUCCCGACUCUCCCUCCUCUCGAAAUUCCGCGGUCGAACUUCCAGUCUUCGCUCAACAAUCUUGAUGAUAACAACAUCACGCUGCGUGCCUCCGAGAAUGAUGAUGCCCUCCUCAGUUCCGGCCAGCUUUCUGUAGAGUCGUUUACAACUGCGUGCUCGUCUCCUUUGCUCCCCGCGAACGCCGCCGACACUCCGUUGGUCGACGGACAGAGCUCUACACAGACUCCCACCGCACCACAAUCACCAUCCAUGCGCAGCCUACCAAAAUCGCUUUCUGUUGAUUCGUUCGUGAGGGAACAGCAGCACCAGCGCGACGAUGCUAAUGAACCACCGCGUAUCGUCGGCACGUCCAAGAGCCAUUCCCGCCUUCAGUCCCUAGAUCCUAAAAUGCAGCGGUUGCAAAGUGAGCAGAUUUCGGUACGCUUAUCGUCAGAACCCCCACCCCCUGUGCCCCCGAGGAAUGCUGGUGCCCCUGCGUUGCGAACAUUCGCUCAACAAGUUAAGCGGCGGUCCCGCCAGGGCGGUCCAGGAUAUGCGAACAUAUCAGAAGACGAAGUUGAAAGCUCACCAUACGAGGACUCUGAGUUUGAGCAGGGUCGCCCAGAGGGCGGCAAGGUAAUGACUAAAGCAUUAAGCAUGCGCAGUCGUCUGACAACACCAAAGCGUUCCGGGUCAAUGCCCGUCUCGAGGGCAUCAUCACAAUUACAGGGCUCCCGACCGCGAAAAGUGCCAGCGGUUAUGCCCGGUCCUAAUCUCACAAAAUUGAACACAACUAUAACUCACGCGACUCCUGUACACGAGCGUUCCCCCCAACUACGCGCGAAGGCUUCGGCACCAACACCGCUCGAAGCUACAAGACGUGGUCGAUCGUUCAGUGUCGGUACGCAAUCUGACGAUUCCAUUACAAACAAAGCGAAACCUUCAUUGCCUUUGCACAUUGAUACUGAGCGUCCACCGAGGGAUGCUAUCUUAAUGACCUUGGCUGUUAUCGGUUCACGAAACUGUGGGAAGUCGGCUUUCAUCCGCAGAGGAUGGAGAAACUCGCUAGUUACCAAACCCGCACAACAUUCCGUACGGGCGGAAGGCAAAAACGGAAGCAGAGUUAUCAACUACAUUACUCAGAAAGUAUACAUGCAAGCUCAUGAAGGCCGUGAUUACUACUUGACCUUGAUCGAGAUAUCCGUUCAGGAACUUGAGUAUGCUGAUAGCGAGUUACACGGCGAUGUGUGGCCGGCGGUCCUGCCUAGGAUUGACGGCGCGUUCGUCUUGUAUGAUGCCUCAGAUCGGUCGUCCUUCAUUCACACGGAAGAACUCAUUCGUAACUAUUACAACAAUGAAGUCCCGUACAUUGUUCUGGCCUGCAAGUCUGACCUCGACCGACAAAUAAACCCCUCGGAUGCCAUCAAAAUUGUCAACCUUUAUGAAGGAGGCAUAGUUGAGAUAUCCAGCAACGAAUCGGGAAGGGAUAAAGCAAGACGGUGUGUUGGGGUACUUCUUCGGGGCGUCAUUAGAAGAAGAUGCGGGGAUGUUCUUCCUCAGAAAAAUCCUUGUUCACCGGUGUUGUACAACGCUCCCUCGGUUUCAGAAUCUUUAUCUUCGACCACGAACAACGCGAGCAAUGGCGCCCUUAGUGCAAGAACGAGUACCCCGACCACCGCAGCUGCACCCUCUCCGGCACUCGCGCCCAGCCAUUCUGCAAGUGAAGCAAUGCGACAACACCCUCCUCCAUCAGUCCCCCUCCCUCAGCCUCCCUCCUAUCCGAGUAUAACAUCCCUGGCUGCUGCAACAGCGCUUCCUAUGACACCCCCUGCAGGCUCUGCGAGUGCUUCACCCAACCCACUAAAUGCAUUCCAAAGCCGAUCUCCGUUGUCACCUGCAUCGCCUACUCGAGCGCGCUCGAUGGGAGACAUGAACAUGAUCUCCGGGCAGAAGAAAGGUCCAGAUGCGGCUAGGCAAGGGAACGAGUCCGGACCAGAGCUCAACAGGUCGAAGAGUAUUGUCGACCUUGCGCGCACGUCUAAUAAGAGCAAUGAGAGUGUCAAAUCGUCUCGUGAUGGAAGUCAACAUACGGAUUUUGAACCAGUUAAUCCGUUUAAGAAAGACACGAAGCAGGAACCAGCAUCACCUUGGUCAACCUUAGACGAACUUCUAGAGAAGCUAUUCUUCUUGGCUAUCAGCGGAGACGAUCCGUCAUUCAUUUCUCACUUCUUUUUGACUUAUCGGCGAUUCACCACUCCACGUCGCAUCCUUUUGGCUAUGCAGAAGCGGAUGAUCGAAUUAAACCAACCAACGACAGAUUUCACCCUCGCAGCGUUUGCGCAGAUGCGGGUCUGCAACCUCCUUGAAGACUGGAUACAAAAAUAUCGUUCUGAUUUUGCAGUUCCUGGUACAGCGGGAGCACUCAACGCGCUCAUUAGGCAGAUCCUCAAGCAGCCACAUACACUUUACUACGGCACGGAUUUUCUUCCCUUCCUCGAAUCUUUGCACACUCUUCAAGACCUAGAUAGUGCGUGGGCUGUGAAAGCAGAAACGUCUAUCGAUGAAAGUGACGAGGAUAGCAACUACGAUAGCGAUUUUGCCUACGAGGUACCACAGGCGUCCUCACAGCCUCCGAGUGCAGUCGAGAAAUCAGAACAUGCCACACGACCAUCAACACGGGAGCGAAAGUCAAGCAUCCCCCUAUCUGCUAAGAACUUCCUACAAGGUACCCUACAAGGAAGCGUUCGUGCUCCAGGCCCCAGUGGAACCAAUACACCAGGAAGGGACAAUAUGUCACGGCUUGUGAAAGCCUCCAACAAUUUGCUGCAUUUCGAUUCGGAUGACAUUGCAAAAGAAAUCACAAGACAGGAGCUGGAGCUUUACAUGAAAAUAGAACCUCGAGACUGGCUUCGGCAUACUCUCGUGUCUGGGAAGAAGGACCCAAAUUCCGAUCGAAUAGCGCGAUUCAAUGCUUCCUAUAAUGAUCUACAUGAUUGGGCGGCGUCCAUGAUUCUUUGUCACGACAAGGCCAAUAAACGGGCUAAAGUCGUCGAGAAGCUCGCCGAGGUGGCUGUGAGACUGCGCAACAUGAACAACUAUUCUGGAUUACGAGCCAUCAUUACGGCAAUUACUCAGUCGACAUACCCUAACGACGAGGUCAUGGAGAUUUUCAAGACCAAGAUUGACUUACAUAAAAAGUAUCUCAGUUCUGACAUACUGAUGCGGACUGCUGGUGCCCAUCAAUCUUACCGUCUCGCACUACGAAAUACUAAGGGACCGUGCAUCCCUUGUCUGGAAGUGCAUACAUCUGACCUCCGACGAGCGCACGAGGGAAACCCUGACUUCAAACCCGACGACCCCUCUAAAAUCCACUGGGCGAAAUUCAAUAUGAUUGGCAAGUUCAUAAGCACAACGACGGAGCUGCAGGAUCAGUGCCGAGGGCCUGAUGGGUAUAACUUCUCCGAAAAUGCUCAGAUCGGACAACUCUUUGAUGUUCCCAAUAUGGAUUACGACUUGCAACAAGAUCGUCUAGGGCCGCCCCCUGAGAGUGAUGGGGAUAUGUAUUCCACUCCACUACCUCCCCAUCUCGAUCAUUCCGGUCAUUCCAGAGAUGCGGGUGUUAUCAAACGUCUUUUCUUCUGGUCGUGAUUUCCCAUGUUCUUUCACAUUCUUGUGGAUAGUUGUUGUAUUCUUUUGAACAAAACCUGCAUCACCUAGACUUUCAUAUUGCUUUUACGACAUGCACAAAACAAAAAAGGCCCCGUAGAUGACACCUUUUGAUCAACCCUUCUUGGAGAUAACGCCUUUACGCAGAGUUGUUUUCGGAUGUGUAUAGUUAUGUUGUACAUACAGAAUACCACGAUGGACUGCAGAAAGCUCAUCCAUUUUGCC